AUGCGCUGGAACUUGGAAUUUGGCGAAAACCUUGUCAUUCCGUAUUUGGCAAAGUUCUGGAAGCGACGAUCCCGUCGCUACAAAACGCAAGUCGCCAAGAAGAGCUCCACGUUUGCCGAGGACGACGUGUCCAUAAAAGUUCGCAUGGAGCGCAGCUACUUUACCACGCCGAUAGCGUUGAAGUUCCUCACGACGCGCGGGCUGAAGGUACUUGGAUUUGUGGACAAGUCGCAAUGGAAACAUGGUCUGGGGCAUGACGGGACGGAUGCUGUUUUCGGCGACUUUACCAAGCCGAAAGCGCAGGAAGCACUGCAUGCGUUGAGCGCCGCCAUGCACAAGGAAGGCAAGUUUGCCUUCGCUCGGUUUGUACGAGCUGCCGUGCAGCUCCAAAAAAAGUCGCUCUGCUUUCUAGUACGAUACAUCCACAUGAAAUGCGACCAAUGA